AUCGCAGCAUGUGAAAAAUUACAGAAGAAAUCAUGGAGUUUUUGGAUGAGGACGCCAGACCCAGAUUUCUCUUCCAAUCUCGUCCUCAACCCUAUUCGUCAUCCCAAGAAAAGAUCCCACAAAACCCCUUAAAAUUCUUGCUUUUCGUUUCCCUCUCAAUCUCUUCCCUUCUUCUCUCUCUUUUCCUCUUCGCCAUUGAGUCUGAGCCCUUCAAAUCCCUUCUCUUCUGGCUCUCUCUCUCCCUCCUCGUCGGCCCCUUCGCCCCUCCUUCCCUCACCGGCGGUGACAUUCGCGUUGGUGUUGGACCCAUCAUCCGUGAUCCCAUCGAUCAAGAGCCUCAACCCGAGCCUGAAUCUAAGAAGAAAUAUUCCCAGAGACGGUCAAAGGCUGAUAAAGUCGAUGAACCCGGUGGAAACGGCGCUUCUUUAGCUGAAGACGCGAAUGGGUUUCCUAAUUUGAAGGUGAAAAGUAAAGAUUCAAAUGGGUUAUCGAAAAAGGAAGAUUUUGGGAACAAUUUCGAAGGAGGGGAAAAGGAAUGGAGUGAGGCGGAUGUGGAGAUGUUGAAGAAACGAAUGGGGAAGAAUCCGGUGGGGAAACCGGGUCGAUGGGAGGCUAUAGCUGCAGCCUUUAACGGGAGACAUAAAAUGGAAAGUGUAAUAAAGAAGGCAAAAGAAUUGGGAGAGAAAAAAGUGGAUGAUGCAGAUUCAUAUGCCAAGUUUUUGAAGAACAGGAAGCCAUUUAAUACGAGAGUCAAUGAUGAAGGCGAUGAAGUGACAAUGGGUAAUCAAGACAGUAGCAGUGGUGGAGCAGUCGUGUGGAAUUCAGUGGAAGACAUUACUUUGCUUAAUGCUCUGAAAGCUUUUCCUAAAGAUGUGGCCAUGAGGUGGGAGAAGAUUGCUGCUUCUGUGCCUGGGAAAUCCAAGGCUGCUUGUAUGAAGAGAGUUGCUGAGUUGAAAAAGGAUUUUAGGAGCUCCAAAGCUUGUAAUUGAGGAAAUUUAAAGGGUUUCUUACUUUUUUCAGAAGUUUGACAUGUCUCGAGAGG